GGAUAUAGGCACUACUGGCUGUACUAAUCUCUUGAUUCUCUUCAGAUUCCAUAUAAAGUACUAGUAGUCUACUAGCUAUAAGGUUACCGUACUUAUUCGAUUUAAAGCGACACUUUUAAAUAAUUACGAAGCCAGAGGUCGUUUCUUUUGGAGGUUGAAAAUUAUGUUGAAGUCCUGGUGUCGCAUAUUUAGAGGGUCGCAUCUAAUUGGAGGUUAUUCUACUGUCCUCGAUUAUAGGCCGCUUAAAUUACGUUGUUUCUUCCGGCCUGGAAUCAAGGCUGUGGUUUGACCUCUAUUUAGGACGCGACAUAAAAAAAUAAUUGUGAACGCUGCAGUCGCUAUUUUUAGAGGUCAGAAAAUUGGAAAAGAUCGAGGGUGUCGCAUAUUUGGAGGGUCGCUUUAAAUCGAAUAAGUACGGUAGCUAGCUACUGUGCUAUAUGUAGCUGCAGUCUAGUUCAGAUUAGAGUACAAUAACAUUGGUAAUUGUGCUUUAUUUAGAAUGCUAGCCACGUGGCAUAAUUAUUCCCACCUACUCUACCGUUUAUUCCCGCAUAAUUCCUAAUGCUCCAAGCUACCUAUUAUUCUCAAAAUUAUGCUCGCAUAAUCGCCGCAUCCCUAUAUUCACAACUCAUUUUUGUGUCCACACACACACACACACACACACCAAUCACUCUACCCUUGCUGCGCACUACUUUGUACUGGUCGAGUACUGGAUUGUAGGUACCAAUAGGUAUACACACGAAAUCCACUAAUAAAAUCAAUGUUCCCCGACAAUAAUAGCGCUCGGUUGCCCUCUUGAGGAGUUCUAGUAAUGGAGUGAAGGAGAUGAAAGGUUUUAGAGAUUUCUUCAACCUCUCAGGGUUGGAGGACAACUCCACCACUGGGAACUCCAGUGAGGAAACAAGCGCCAUCUUAGGUCUGGUGGUGGCGCUGUUCUCGUUAGGCUCUCUGGUGGGUGCUCUGUUGGGGGGACCCCUGUCAGACUGGGCUGGGAGGAGGGCUGUUCUAGUGACCGGGGCACUACUGUCUGCCUCUGGAAUCAUCAUUCAGAGUGCUGCAAUCGCUUUAUGGAUGCUUUUGAUUGGAAGGAUUUGGUCAGGACUAGGAGUUGGGAUUAUUGUACAAUCAAUGCCAGUGUACAUUGCUGAGAUUGCCCCCAAACAAUAUCGUGGUAGAAUGGUCAGCUUAGCACCAAUGGCAGGUGUUACUGGAAAUCUGAUUGCUGCUCUGGUGAAUAUUGGGGUUGAGGGGUUGUCGUUUGGUUGGAGAGUGUCACUGGGUCUACAGCUGAUUCUUGCCUGCUGUCUCUUAAUCGGAUCACCGCUCAUCCCAGAAUCUCCAAGAUGGCAUGUCAAGAAGAAUAAGCCACAUAAAGCUCUCAAGACUCUAAAGAAGAUCUUUAAAGAUGACCAAGUAGUGGCGUCUCAACUGGAGGAGAUAUCAGCUUCUUACCAGAAGUCCCAGUACGAUAAGACACUCCGGAAGACUUUCUUCUCCCGGGAUAUUGCACACAGGCUGUUCCUUGGCUUUUGUUUGCUGUUUUUUUCAAGAGUGUGUGGAAUUUCACUUGCUCUGUAUUUCUCAGUAUCCAUAUUUUACAAGAUUGGCAUAUCUGGUUUCAUCGGAGCGAUAAUCAUCUGUUUGUCACUGAUAACUGCUCAAAUUUUGGUGCUACUGAUUGCUGACAAGUUUGGUCGCAAGUUUAUUCUGCUGUGUGGGUAUGUGGUGAUGAGUGUUUGUCUGGUAGCGGCCUCAGCGCUCAUUCUGGGGUUUGGACUUGAGACAGACCUGCUCUCCUCUGACAAGACCAUCGCAGGAUACUUUGUCGUGGCUUGUCUCGCUCUGUUUGUCGGUGUGGGGGCUUUAUCUAGCGUGAGUCAGGGUUGGAUUGUUGUUAGUGAGUUGUAUCCAUUGAAAAUAAAAGGUUUGUCAGUGUCAGUUGCGUCUGUCGGUUGGUGGCUUGGAACCAUUUUAAGUGGGGAGAUCUCUCCCUUCCUCCUGUCAUCUUCUUUGGGCACUGCCGGGACUCUCAUACUUCACGCCGUCAUCUGUGCCCUCGGUUUCAUAUUUGUGCUGCUACUACUGCCAGAGACUAAGCAAUUGAGUCUGGAGCAGGUGGACCAACUGUUCUCCACCCCCUGGUUGCAGAGGACCAACCCUCUUUACUAUCUCACGUGUGGUCGUGUGCACAAAGUUCUAGUGUUGGCUGUCUCCAGCUCUGAUGAAGAGUUACGAGGAUUGGAUAUUUCUCUGGAAGACCUGACCAAUCAGAACGAUGACUGUGAUGAUGUGACUGGGGGCACUCAGUCUGGCGAGUUAAUGCAAACUCUGUGAGCACGAUGUUAAUUAAUAGCUACUUGGUCAUUCAUCAUUAUUUCUGUCAUUUAUACGACUCCUUGUUCACGUACUAUUCAUAUUUAUUGUACACUGAAUACCAUCUCAUAAUUAAUUUUGUUUAUGCAUGUUGCGUAACAUAAUAUUAUAGUCUCUUCCCCAGGAAGAAAAAUAAUUUCCUUCUUCUG